GCUGACAAAACUCUUCGAUGUGUUUUGGGGGUUAGACGCACACGCUGUCAGAGGAAUAACCUCAUAUCCUUCCCCUAAGCGUAAUUACGUUGGGCGCGUCCUAAAUGGUCCACCUGGCGAGCGGUUAUUUAAAGAGCACCCACACGCGCUGAAACCCUCAGUCAAAGAGUGGUUACACACUGUAGUAACCCUAUUGUAAUAACUGGUUAUUGCAAGACUACAUUGGAAGAAAAGAAACAUUUCGCAAGAAGUUGAAAUCAACCAAAGAUCAACAUGAUGGGUACGAGGCGAGCUCUCGUAACAACAUGACAGCGUUUUGGGAAGAGCACUCGAAGGAUGGCACAGUGGAGGAGAUGAUGCUGGACUCUCGUGCCAAGGAGCUGACUCAGCAUGAGCUGCCCGAGAUCCUGUCGCUGCUGCCCUGCCUGACCGGAUCCAGAGUGCUGGAGCUGGGAGCUGGCAUCGGUCGCUACACAAGCCCCCUGCUGACCCUGGCUGGCCAUGUGACGGCUGUGGACUUCAUGGAAAGCUUUGUGGAGAGGAACAGGCAGGACAAUGGUCACCAUAGUAACGCUACCUUCCUGCAAGCUGACGUCACAAAGCUGGAUAUGCCCAAAAACAGCAUUGACUUCAUCUUCUCCAACUGGCUGCUGAUGUACCUGACUGACGAGGAGCUUCAGUCCUUCGCAGAGAAGAUGAUGGGCUGGCUGCGGCCUGGUGGCUUGCUCUUCUUCAGAGAAUCCUGCAACCACCGGUCAGGUGACUUCAAGAGGGACUUCAACCCCACCUGCUACCGCACUGAAGCACAAUACAACCACCUCGUGACAUCGAUGGAAAUGGAUGUCCAAGAGGGCGGCCAAAAGUUUGGUUUCGACAUUGUGUUGAAAAAGAAAGUUCAGACCUAUGUUCAGAUUAAAAACAAUCAAAAUCAGAUCUGCUGGCUUCUGGAGAAGGUUCCCCGCUCCCCAGGCACCCAGAACGGAUUCAACACCUUCCAGCAGUUCCUGGACAACCAGCAGUACUCCAACCGCAACAUCCUGCGCUACGAAAAGAUGUUCGGGGCAGGAUACGUCAGCACAGGCGGGCCCAGCACCACCAAGGAGUUUGUGGACCUGCUGAACCUGAAGCCCGGACAGAAGGUUCUAGAUGUUGGCUGUGGCAUUGGUGGAGGAGACUUCUACAUGGCUAAGAACUUUGGAGUGGAAGUGCUUGGCUUGGACCUUUCAGACAACAUGGUGGACACCGCCAUAGAGAGGGCCGUCACUGAGAAGCUGCCUUCAGUCCAGUUUGAGGUGGCUGAUGCCACCAAGAGGUCGUUCCCAGAUGCUUCCUUUGAUGUGAUCUACAGCAGGGACACAAUCCUGCACAUAGACGACAAACUAACCCUCUUCAAACGCUUCCAUUCAUGGUUAAAGCCGGGUGGAAAGUUGCUAAUCAGCGAUUACUGCUGUGGGGAGAAGUCCUGGACCCCAGCGUUCCAGGCCUACGUCAAACAGAGAGGCUAUGUCCUACACACACCUUCACAGUAUGGCAAGUUCAUCCAGGAAGCUGGUUUCUGCAACGUUCGCUCUGAAGACCGAACAGCCCAGUUCAUGCAGGUGAUAAAGACAGAGCUGCAGAGAGCAGAGCUCAUCAGAGAUGAAUUCAUGCAGGAAUUUUCUGAAGAGGACUAUUUGGCAAUAGUAAAAGGAUGGAGAGAAAAACUAGAGCGUUCCAACAGCGGAGACCAACGAUGGGGACUCUUUUAUGCAACAAAGGAUUGAGUGAUGGCGCUAAGAAAUUAUAAGAUAAUAAAAGAGGAAUGUUUCUUUCCUUUAGGGCUGUCAGUCGAUUAAAAUAUUUAAUCGCGAUUAAUCGCAUGAUUGUCCAUAGUUAAUCGCGAUUAAUCGCAAAUUAAUCG